UGUUUUGAAUAAACGAUGCAAGUUUUCUUUGACAGCGACGUAAUGUUCAAAUUAAUAUUUUGCUUAUUCGCUUAUUUCAUACUACAUUGCCUUGUAAAACACUGUGAUUGCGAAAUUUAUACUUACGAAGACUUGGAAUUAAGAAGAAUAUUUCCAAGUGAAUUUCCUCAAGACACUGUAAGGAAAAGUGGCGUUUUGGAACCAGAACACUUAGGACGCUACUUUGAGUUGAGACGCUACUUUAAAUAUCCAAAGUCAAAACUAAAUAGUCACUUUGAAGAAUUAAAUUGUUAUAAUGAAAACGGAGUUAAAGUAUGUAAGGUAGAUGUAAGCCAGUAUUCGCCAGACGAGGAGCACUAUAUGUCAUCAGAUGCAACGAACCACGUGGACAGGCGUAGAGUAUAUUGCUUCAUGCUACUUUGCUUCACUGAAGACGAACUCGAUAGAGUUGUCGCUUCUUUUUAAUUUUUAUAAAUACAUUGAUA